AAUGCUCAAUCAAUUUAAAUUAGUUUUUCAUUUAACAUAACAUUCAAUGAGUGGUUCAUAUGAUGAUAUUUAAUAAAUGAUUAAAUUAUUAUAAAAAGAUCCUAAAAGGUAUAUCUUAUAUAAUAUUUAAUUAGAAAUCUCACAAAUCCUUAAGAUCCAAAUCAUAUUAUUAAUUAAUUUAAUUAAUAUGGAUAAAAUUCAUUAUACAUAGCUUGUAAAAAUGGAAAUGAUAAAGUUGUUAAAUUUUUAUUAUCACUUGAUUGUAAUGCUCAUAUCAAAAGCAAAGUUUAUGAUGAUCUAUCAGAAAGCCCAUUAGAUGUAUCUGUCAGAUGGCAUCAUUAUGAAUGUGUUAAAUUACUUUUAAAUCAAAUCAAAUAUACAGAUGCAGAAUUGAGAUCAGCUCUCAAGAUUAGUUAAAAUCAAGAAAUUACUAAUUUAAUCAAAAGAAAAAUGAAUUCCUCAUUAUUCUCCUGCUGUCUCUGA